AUGCCUAUUUUAUUUGCGGACAUACCAAAAGGCUUGAAUAUUGAAGAAUUCAAAAAAAAUUUAGCUGCUUUGUUUUCUUUAAUUUCAUGCAGCCACAUGCAUGCAUAUCAAGUGUGGCCUGGAAAUAGUUUUGACGUAUUUUUAAAUCUUUCUUAUCGACGAAUGCUAAAUAGUGAUGAAGCACUUCAACAAGCACAGGGUGAUUUUGCGCACAUACAGAAACAGACGUGCCAGUUGUUAAAAGCAAUAGGAGCAAACAAUGUGACAGUUCAAGUGGAUAUUGUGAGAGGAGACGGUCAAAACAUAAAGAAUCGUUGCGUGGGUAGAAAUUGCUUGAAGAAAUCAUGUUGUGAUUCCGAAAAUAUUGUCCCGUGA